AUGGCUCAACCUCUAGCAAAGACAGACCGCACCGUCAUCGUCGGUGCAGGCGUGUUCGGGCUGAGUACGGCUCUCCACCUGGCGAAGCGAGGCUACAACAAUGUCACUGUAUUCGACGCACAGCCCUACGAAGCGACAAAAUACGACUACAUGUCAGGCUGUGACUCUGCAUCUGCCGAUCUCAACAAGAUCAUCCGGUCUGCAUACGGCGAACAGACAGAAUACCAGGACCUGUCUGGAGAAGCCAUCGAGUGCUGGAAGGCGUGGAACGAAGAGAUCAGCACCGGUAGUUGCGUGCCUGAUGGCAUGACCCGAGCGGAUAAGGUCUUUGUCAACAACGGCCAUCUCUCGUUGACCGGUGACCGGGACGAGCUGCCCGAAUUUGAGAAGGCGACCAUCAGAAACAUGGAGCGGGCUGGCUUCCACGAGACACAACUCAUCACUACCGACAGCCGGCAUGAGAAAAUUGCCAACGACAGGGGCUUUGGAUACGCAAUGGAUCCGUUUGGACGCAAACCCAAAGGUAAGGGUUACCUUGGCGUCCUCGACACCACUGGUGGCAUCGCCAUCGCAGACAGGGCUUGCCGGUUUGCCCUGCACAAGGCAAAGCGAAUGGGCGUUGACUUCGUCCUGCAUCCUGAAUCUGGACGUUUUGAGGGGUUCUGGUACGACGACCGAGGAAAAGUCAUUGGGAUUAGGAUGAGGGAUGGCCAAACCCACCUCGCAUCCAAGGUCGUUAUGGCAUGUGGUGGGUGGACGCCCUCGCUAUUGCCCGAACUAGACGGCAUCUGCGAAACCACGGCUGGGUCCGUGGUGAUGCUGAAGAUACCACGCCAAUCACCACUUUUCGAACGGUUCGCCCCAGAGAGGUUUCCGUCUUGGUCAUACAGAAUGCGAGACGGGUCCAUUGGCGGCCUCUAUGGGUUUCCCCGCGACGAAAGGGGGUACAUGAAGAUCGGGUAUCGAGGCACAAAAUACACCAAUCCCAAGACGCAGCAGUCAGAUGGCGAAGAGCGCAGCGUGCCCGUCACGAGAUACACGGACGACGAGAAAAUUACACAGAUUCCAAAACAAGCAUUGACCGUCUUCAAGUCCUUUAUCGCAGAAUUCUUGCCCGAACUCGCCGAAGAAGGAAUUGACAUCCAGAUGACUCGACUGUGUUGGUACACGGACUCCUUCGACAACCACUAUGUGAUUGACAGCUUGCCUGGUCAAGAAGGGUCGGUACUGGUAGCGACAGGCGGGAGCGGCCACGCCUUCAAGUAUCUCCCCAAUAUUGGCAAGUGGAUUGUCGAUAUCAUGGAGGGUGUGGAUAUGGAUCGCCAGCUGAUCAAGAGUUGGAAGUGGAGGACGCUGCCAGCAGGCCAAAAACCUGUCAAUGUCCUCAUGGAAGGCAGUAGUGGUCCGAGAGCGCUCAAGAACGUGGAAAUGUCUACGGAUGAGGAUUUGAAGCUUUCUGCUCGAUCGAGACUUUGA